UGAACUGUGAUCUGUCCACAUGUAUGGUUGGAGCUGCGUAACAUUGAGCUUCUACGUUCAUGUUGAACAUAAUGCUAAUGCAGCCGAAAACAGACUUGUUUUUAAUUUUAUUUUGCUGGGUUUGACUUAGCUAGUGGUCUCGUGGCGUUUGAUUUGACUGAUCUUCCAUUCAUGUUCUUCAGUAUCUCAAUUCUCAUUUUAUUUUAUAGCACCGUAGCGUUAAUGCUUCAGGUUAAUUAAAAAACCAAACAAAACAAAAGAUCAUGCAACAAAGCGGUACUCGCUAUCUCAUCUUUUUUCAGUACAUCGGGUCCAAAUACAGUGGUGUGAUGAAGGCUCCGUCCCACCAGCCAGUGGAGGGUGUCCAGAAUUACUUGGAGAAUGCAGUGGGAAAGCUGAAGCCUCUGAAUGGACCGUCGGUGUCUAUUUCCAGUCGAACCGACACGGGUGUGCAUGCGCUAUCCAACUCUGCACAUCUAGACAUUGUGCGGAAGGAAGGCAAGCCUCCUUUCACGGAACAACUACUGAUAGAUGCCUUAAACUUCCAUUUACAGCCAGAACCCAUCAGAAUCACGAGAGCUUACCGUGUGCGGGGAGACUUCCACGCACGCUAUCGUGCCGUGUCAAGAACCUACAUCUACCGCUUGGCCACAGGGGUUCAACAUCACACGGAGCUACCCGUAACGGAGAAGGAUUUAUGCUGGGCGUUAGGAAACACGGAGCUGAACGCGGAUGCCAUGCGGGAGGCCGGCGCCAUGCUGUCGGGCACGCACGAUUUCAGUACCUUCCGCGCCAUGAGCACCGAUGCCCCCUACAGGAACCCUGUGAAGACGCUGGAACUGGUGCAGGUGCAGCCAGGCCUCUCGUUCAGCCAGCGGCACUUCCACAGAGACCUUCAGUUUUGGGAGCUCACUUUUAAAAGUAGGUCCUUUUUAUACAAACAAGUACGAAGGAUGACUGGGGCGUUGGUUGCAGUUGGCCGGGGUAAACUGUCAAUCAGUCAGCUGCAGGAGCUGUUGGACAUUCGUGACUCUAAGGCCUACCCACAGAACACAGCAGCGCCGCCCUGCGGCCUCUUCCUGACCGACGUGGAGUACGAUGACGCCGAUCUGAUGUCGUAAAGCUAAAUAACAGAACCUGACUGGGAAGCAAACCCAUGCAAACAGGAACAUGUAAACAUGUCUGGGGAUGGUCAAAUACCUUUGACCCUUUACUACUUACUUAUGAUUAAAUGUAUAUCAUAGUAAAUGUCAGGCAGUCACUUAAUUACAGAGACUUGUAUAUUCCUGCAUAUUAAAAAAAGUCACUUGCUAAAAGAUGAGUAUUUGAGUUUUAUUCUAACAUAUCAUUCAGACAUGUCACCACACACAAUCCUGUGUUACUGUAUUCCUCUGAACUGGUCACUAUGUAACUGCUAACAGGAAGCAUACAACAUAUAAUUCAUAAUACAUUCAGUGCAACAACCAGGCAUCCGCUCUCCCACUCAAGACUGUUUUGUUUUGUUUUUGUGUGUGUGUGUGGUUGGUUUUUUGUCAUUUAACAUUCAGCUGAGGUCAGGUCGAACUUGGAAAUAGGACGGCAUUUUCAUAAUUAAUAAGAUUAAUUGGCUAAAGAUGCUUGGGUGUCUCUUGAAAGCCAAUUGCAACUGCACCACCAUGGCUAACGAGAGAGCUAAAAUAAUCUCAAAAGGUUUGAGCUGAAGAGACUUUGACCGCAACGGGAGGUCUCGCACUACAGGAAAACAACCUUCUCGGCCAUAAUCAGACAGACAGAUCUCAUCCUUGAAGUAUAGACGCAUGGAAUCAGACCCUUUUUGUUGUUGUUGGGAGCGCUUUUGUAUACUCCCCAAAAAAAGGCUCACAAGCUGCUUGUGUAAACACAUCUGAUCAGGAAAAACAUUAAAAACCCUCAUCAGAUUUAAAACAUUGAAGUGCAACAUCCAAACAAAGAUUACAUGUAGGCAAAGGCUCAUGGGAAUGUUUUUCCAAAUAGCAGCUAGUUUUACUAAGGGUUGACAUGCCUGUCAAAUUUUAUUUGUUUAAUUCUUUUUGGUAAAACUACUCAAAUAUUUUUAAAGGCAACAUCAGAAAAGGACUCGGCUUGGACAAAGUAACAGCAACUUAAUGAAAGCAUAAGUUAUCAAUUAU